AUGGCAUCUUUUGUCAAAGCUGGAGGCGCGUGGACAACUCAAGAAGAUAUUGCGUUGUGUCAGUCUUGGCUGAACGUUAGUCAUUGCCCUGUCACAGGCAAUGAGAUGAAGUUCUCUCAUAUGUGGAGCAAAAUUCAUGGAGAAUUUUGUCAAAGAUCGGGUUCCAUUCGGACCGAAAUGGCGUUGUCUAGUAGAUGGAAAAUUAUGAAUAGAGAGUUAGGGAAAUGGAGAAAUGCGUUUACAAAAGCAAGGGAGAACAUUCGAAGCAGUCAAAAUCUAUCCGAUGAGAUCAUACAAGCACAAGUUUGCUUCGGUGCCAUGGGCCAAGGCAAAAAAAGUUUCUUGCAUCACGAAUGUUGGGAAGUUGUGAAGGAUUGUUCGAGAUUCAAAAUUAUUCCCACAGGUCCGGCGGUUGUGUUGAAUGAGACGCCACUCCACGAUUCGCCAUCAACUAAUUCGCCAUUGGACUCCCCAAUGGAAACGGAGUCACCACUCCCACAUCCGCCGAGACCUAUUGGGAGAAAGGUGGCAAAGGCCAAGAGAGGGAGCACUUCGAACAAUGAAUGUGUACAAUUUUUGGAGCAAAUAGCUAAGAACAACGCACUAAGAAUUGAGAGAGACUUGAAAAGAGAAGAAGCGAACAUGGCACGACAGGAAACAUUUGCAAUUCAACAGCAGCAAGCAUAA